AUGGGGAUCAAAGCGGCGCUUCCUAAAUAUGAGCUGUAUUUCUACAACACCGUGCUGGCUUUGGCAGUGUUUUGGUCCGCCUACUGUGUCUUUGACGCGUCGGCGUCAAACACGAGCAGAAAAACAUUCAAGACCAGCGUGAAGCCAGGAUGGCACUACCUUGGCAGGAAAAUGGACACAGCGGAUACGGAGUGGGCCAUGUGGAUUUGGACCUUCCGCUGUCACAUUGUGUUUGCCUUGACGGGCCACGUGCUGUUUGCCAAGCUCUGCUCCAUGCUGGCUCCUCAGUAUAGGUCGCUGGAGUACAUGGCGUACGGGAUCCUGGCUGUGUGGACCAGCAUGGGCUGGACCUACGUCACUCUCAUCCUGUCCCACUGCAUUUUGCUCUACAGCAUCUCCAUGGUUAAAAUACGCUGGCUGUGCUUUGUCACAGGCUUUUCCACGCUGGCCACCUUCAAGUGUGAGCCCUUCCUGUCGUGGCAGGCGGGCUUUGUGACGGGCGACUUCGACCUCCGCCACAUCCUUUUCUACGGUGGCUGCGGCUUCACCAUAAUGCGCUGCAUCAGCUUCGCCCUGGAGAACUGCGAGCGCAAGGACGGCAACUACAGCAUCCUAGAGCUGCUCAAGUACAACUUCUACCUGCCCUUCUUCUACUUCGGCCCCAUCAUGACCUUUGAUAAGUUCUACACGCAGGCCAAUAAAUCAGACCUGAGCCGGAAAGAGCGGGAGCUUUGGAAUAUCAACAUGCAAGGCGUGACCUACCUGGGUGCCAUCUUGGCGGUGGACCUCCUCUUCCAUUUCCUGUACGUCCUCACCAUACCCGCCGACUUGAAGCUGCUCAGGCAACUAUCCGACUGGGCCCUUGUUGGCGUUGCUUACUUCAAUCUGAUCUACGACUGGGUAAAAGCCGCCGUCAUGUUUGGAAUCAUCAGCACUGUGUCUAGGCUGGACCAUUUGGACCCACCCAAGCCACCAAAAUGCAUCACCACGCUCUACGUCUUUUCCGAAACACAUUUUGACCGAGGCAUCAACGACUGGUUGUGCAAGUAUGUGUACCAUCCUCUGGGCGGCAAGCACGAUGACGUGCUGGCGGAACUGGUGGCCACGCUAUCCACAUAUGCCGUUACUGCCUUGUGGUUGGUGCCUUCCAAGGUGGUCCUAGUUUGGGCUUUUCUCAACUGCUUCGGUCUCAACUGCGAGCUGUGGGCAGCCAAGCUCUUCUCAAUGGAGCCCUUCGCGUCUUUCGAGAAUGCCAUGUCAGAGGCCAUGUCCCGACGGAUCCGUGCCGCUGUUUGUAUCUUCAACUUCUGGUGUAUCGUGCUGUACAAUACGGUGCUUCUCAACAGUUUGGACUUUGCCAAGUUGGUAGCCAAGCGUGUGCUGCUCAAAGGUUUCCCGAUAACAACCAUGGUAGUCAUGUUCGUGACUUACUGCCUGAUUCAAGUGAUUAAGGAACGAGAGCGGAAACAAGCCCUCAUUGACGAUCCUGAUCCACUUCCUCCCGCGACGGUGGACGGAACCAUGCCAGCAGGACCUUCAACUGUACCUCCAGCAGACCCCGCGGGUCUAGCGCCAGCCACCGCUCAGCCUCUCAACGAUCCCAGCAAGCAAAAAUCAGAGUAG